CACUUGCAGCCAUUUUCUGCUCUUUGUGUGGGGUGGAUUAGCGGAGAGGACGGGACUGUGCUGAGAGCAUCAGUCGCAGGAUACCGAGGGAAGAGGCACCCUUCCCCGGCUUGUUCGUACGCCGUGCUGCGCUGGCUUGUCCGUUCAUUUUCGUGCGGACAUGAGAUUUGCAGACUGGGCUGUUUUGUGAGUGAUCUUGCGUCGCCAUGACAACCCACGUGACUCUGGAGGAUGCCCUGUCCAACGUGGACCUGCUGGAGGAGCUUCCGCUCCCAGACCAGCAGCCAUGCAUCGAGCCGCCUCCUUCCUCCAUCAUGUACCAGGCAAACUUUGACACCAACUUUGAGGACAGAAAUGCUUUUGUGACUGGUAUCGCCCGGUACAUUGAACAGGCCACUGUCCACUCCAGCAUGAAUGAAAUGUUGGAGGAAGGGCAUGAAUAUGCCGUCAUGCUGUACACCUGGAGGAGCUGCUCCAGAGCCAUACCUCAGGUGAAGUGCAAUGAGCAGCCCAACCGGGUGGAGAUCUAUGAGAAGACUGUGGAAGUGCUGGAGCCUGAGGUCACAAAGCUGAUGAAGUUUAUGUACUUUCAGCGUAAGGCCAUUGAGCGCUUCUGCAGUGAGGUCAAGCGGUUGUGUCACGCUGAGCGCAGGAAGGACUUUGUUUCCGAGGCCUACCUGCUGACUCUGGGGAAAUUCAUCAAUAUGUUUGCAGUCCUUGAUGAACUCAAGAACAUGAAGUGCAGUGUCAAGAAUGACCACUCUGCUUACAAAAGAGCUGCUCAGUUCCUCAGAAAAAUGGCAGACCCACAGUCUAUCCAGGAGUCCCAAAAUCUCUCCAUGUUCUUAGCCAAUCACAACAGAAUUACACAGUGCUUGCAUCAGCAGCUGGAGGUGAUUCCUGGUUAUGAGGAGCUUCUGGCUGAUAUCGUUAACAUCUGUGUGGACUACUAUGAGAACAAAAUGUACCUGACGCCCAGCGAGAAGCACAUGCUGCUCAAGGUGAUGGGUUUUGGGCUUUAUCUGAUGGAUGGAAAUGUUAGCAACAUCUACAAGCUGGAUGCCAAGAAGAGGAUAAACCUCAGCAAAAUUGACAAGUUCUUCAAGCUCCAGGUGGUACCUCUUUUUGGUGAUAUGCAGAUCGAGCUGUCUCGGUACAUUGAGACGAGUGCCCACUAUGAGGAGAAUAAGUCAAAGUGGACCUGCACCCAGAGCAGCAUCAGUCCGCAGUAUAACCUGUGUGAGCAGAUGGUGCAGAUUCGAGACGACCACAUCCGCUUUAUCUCGGAGCUUGCACGCUACAGUAACAGUGAAGUGGUGACGGGCUCUGGGCUAGACAGCCAGAAGUCUGACGAGGAGUACAGAGAGCUGUUUGACCUGGCCCUCAGAGGCCUGCAGCUGCUCUCCAAGUGGAGCACUCACGUCAUGGAAGUGUACUCAUGGAAACUAGUGCACCCUACUGAUAAGUUCUGUAAUAAAGACUGUCCUGGCACAGCUGAGGAGUACGAGCGUGCCACACGCUAUAACUACACCAGUGAGGAGAAGUUUGCCCUGGUGGAAGUGAUUGCCAUGAUCAAAGGCCUGCAGGUGCUGAUGGGCCGCAUGGAAAGUGUGUUCAACCAAGCCAUUAGAAACACCAUCUAUGCUGCGCUGCAGGACUUCGCCCAGCUCACCCUGAGAGAGCCACUCAGGCAGGCUGUCCGUAAGAAGAAGAAUGUCCUUAUUAGUGUUCUACAGGCCAUUCGGAAAACCAUCUGUGACUGGGAGGGAGCCAGGGAGCCCCCUAAUGAUCCCUGUUUGAGGGGAGAGAAGGACCCCAAAGGAGGUUUUGAUAUCAAAGUGCCCCGCCGUGCUGUUGGCCCUUCAAGCACACAGCUUUACAUGGUACGAACCAUGCUUGAGUCUUUGAUAGCCGAUAAGAGUGGCUCCAAGAAGACCCUGCGCAGCAGCCUGGAUGGCCCCAUAGUCCAGGCCAUUGAGGACUUCCACAAGCAGUCCUUCUUCUAUACCCACCUCCUCAACUUCAGUGAGGCCCUGCAGCAGUGCUGUGACCUGUCACAACUGUGGUUCAGAGAGUUCUUCCUGGAGCUCACCAUGGGUCGCCGCAUCCAGUUCCCCAUCGAGAUGUCCAUGCCCUGGAUCCUCACUGACCACAUUUUGGAGACCAAAGAGCCUUCUAUGAUGGAAUACGUGUUGUAUCCAUUGGAUCUUUAUAAUGACAGUGGAUACUACGCUCUUACCAAGUUCAAGAAACAGUUCCUGUAUGAUGAAAUAGAGGCUGAGGUGAACCUUUGUUUUGAUCAGUUUGUCUACAAAUUGGCUGAUCAGAUAUUUGCUUAUUACAAAGCAAUGGCUGGAAGCGUCCUCUUGGACAAGCGCUUCCGGGCAGAGUGUAAGAACUACGGUGUGAUCAUCCCUUACCCCCCCUCCAACCGCUAUGAGACACUGCUGAAACAGAGACACGUGCAGCUCCUGGGUCGCUCCAUUGACCUGAACAGGCUGAUCACCCAGAGGAUCUCAGCAGCCAUGUACAAAUCUCUGGACCAGGCCAUUAGCCGCUUUGAGAGUGAAGACCUCACGUCCAUAGUGGAGCUCGAGUGGCUUCUGGAAAUAAAUAGACUGACUCAUCGGCUGCUUUCCAAACACAUGACCUUGGACAGUUUUGAUGCCAUGUUCCGGGAGGCAAACCACAACGUGUCUGCGCCGUAUGGCCGCAUCACACUACACGUUUUCUGGGAGCUCAACUUUGACUUCCUGCCAAACUACUGCUACAAUGGCUCCACCAACAGGUUUGUGCGCACAGCCAUUCCCUUCACCCAGGAGCCUCAGAGGGAUAAGCCUGCCAAUGUUCAGCCUUACUAUCUGUAUGGCUCUAAGCCUCUGAACAUCGCAUACUCCCACAUCUACAGUUCCUACAGAAACUUUGUUGGUCCCCCGCAUUUCAAAACCAUCUGCCGUCUCCUUGGUUACCAGGGAAUCGCCGUGGUGAUGGAGGAGCUGCUGAAGAUUGUCAAGAGCUUGCUCCAGGGUACAAUUCUGCAGUAUGUGAAGACUUUGAUAGAGGUAAUGCCAAAAAUCUGCCGGCUGCCUCGCCAUGAGUAUGGAUCACCAGGUAUCCUGGAGUUCUUCCACCAUCAGCUGAAGGACAUCAUUGAAUACGCUGAGCUGAAGACAGACGUGUUUCAGAGCCUAAGGGAGGUUGGCAACGCUAUCCUUUUCUGCCUCCUCAUCGAACAAGCGCUGUCCCAGGAAGAAGUUUGUGACUUGCUUCAUGCGGCCCCAUUUCAGAACAUCCUGCCUCGAGUCUACAUUAAAGAGGGCGAGAGGUUGGAGGUGAGGAUGAAGAGGCUGGAGGCGAAGUACGCUCCUCUGCAUUUGGUUCCUCUCAUCGAGAGACUUGGGACUCCACAGCAAAUUGCCAUAGCACGAGAGGGCGACUUGUUGACCAAGGAACGGUUGUGCUGUGGCCUGUCCAUGUUUGAGGUCAUCCUCACUCGCAUCCGCAGCUUCCUGCAGGACAGCGUGUGGCGUGGCCCUCCGCCUACCAAUGGCGUAAUGCACGUGGACGAAUGCAUGGAGUUCCACCGGCUUUGGAGCGCCAUGCAGUUUGUGUACUGCAUCCCUGUGGGCACUCACGAGUUCACCGCAGAGCAGUGUUUUGGGGACGGACUGAACUGGGCUGGCUGCGCCAUCAUUGUACUGUUGGGACAGCAGCGACGCUUUGACCUCUUCGAUUUCUGCUACCACUUGCUCAAGGUCCAGAGACAGGACGGCAAAGAUGAGAUCAUCAAGAACGUGCCCUUGAAGAAAAUGGCAGACCGUAUCCGAAAGUACCAGAUCCUCAACAACGAGAUCUUUGCCAUUCUCAACAAGUACAUGAAGGCUGUAGAGACGGACAGUUCCACAGUAGAGCAUGUUCGCUGUUUCCAGCCUCCUAUACACCAGUCCCUGGCCACCACGUGUUAAAGCAAAUGUCUAUCACUGCCCCACCUUCCUCUGGUGGGGGAUGCUUUGCAAAUAUGAGCCCUUGAAAGGUGAAGGUCCUUUACAAGCAUUUUUCAACCACUUUUCUUCAGUGGCAGACAUACCUCCACGCUUGUCCCAAGAUUAGAUUGUCAAGUGAUGGGACAGCUUUAUCCCGGCUGUCCUCUGAGCCUUCAGUCUCUGCAUUUAACACCCUGAGACGAUUCCUUAGACAUCAGAGCAGGUCCUGCAGAUCUUUCCUGAAUCUGUCAAAAACUUGUGCGGUACAAAUGAAGUAAAAUAGCAUUUAUGUUCAAGUCAAAAUGAAAGAAACUUACUUAAAUAUAACUAUUAAAUUAACCAGAGCGGAUAUACUAGUUGAUAUUGUGAAUUUUAUUAUUUUAUUCUGUUUUUGAAGUCUUAAAAUGUUUCCAACCCAGACACUUGUGAUCUCACUAUCUCACUGAUAGCAAAUGAGCCUUAGUUAUUUUUAUUUUCUUUCUCUUUGCGAUGACUUCUUUUUGCAUGAAC